GUAGUUGCAAGAGAGAAUAAAUGUCUUUAUUCUAUGAUUGUGUCUAGUGUUUUUCAAACAAGUAAAUAUUCCCAAGUAUUUAUUGUGUAAAGUUUGAGACUUCCUUGAAAUGGAAAAUAGGUCUUUACUGAUUAAUAUGGUCUAAUAAUUGUGUGUGCUGGUAUCAACUGAUUAUUGUUGUAAAAAAAUGUUUGCAGUACAUGGACUGAUGCUGAUGCUGAUACUAUCAGUUGCUGAUAGUUACAAGUUUGGCCUCGGCCGCGCUGAUGUGACUGGACCACCUGUUGAGAUAUCAUUCAUGGGAUAUGGCAAGAUGGGACAGAAGGGGACGGGUAUUCACCUGCGGCAGUUCUCUAGAGCCUUCGUCAUAGAGGAGGGUGGUCGCAGACUGGUGCUGGCUAGUGUAGAGUGUGGCAUGAUCGGACAUGGGCUGCGGAUGGAGGUGCUACAGAGGCUAGGCAAGCGCUACGGAUCUCUCUACACAGAAGAGAACGUGAUGUUGUCGGGGACCCACACCCACUCUGCUCCGGGAGGGUUUCUCAUGAAUAUGCUGUUUGAUCUGACAACUCUCGGCUUUGUUUACGAAACUUUCAACGCUCUUGCCUCGGGUAUUGUACUGAGUAUAGUCAGAGCUCAUGACAACUUGGCCGACGGUAGAAUCUCGGUGAAUCAUGGUGAGCUAUUAGAAGCCAGCAUCAACCGUAGUCCAACGGCUUACCAACAGAACCCACAGAACGAGAGAGCUCGGUACACUCACGAUGUAGACAAAACAAUGGUGCAGCUGCGGUUUGAGCGGCCUAAUAAUAAAGUAGUGGGAGCAUUCACCUGGUUUGCCGUGCACCCAACCAGCAUGAACAACACUAACACCCUCGUAUCAUCAGACAACCUAGGGGUGGCUGCCUUGCUGCUCGAGCAAACAGUGAAUCAAGGAUUUCUUCCUGGCAAGGGACCGUUCGUGGGUGCCUUUGUUUCCAGCAACUUGGGAGACGUGUCGCCCAACCUGGCCGGGCCGAGAUGUAUAGGCUCAGGUCUCCCAUGUGACCUUCACACCAGCUCCUGUGGGGAGAAAGAUGAAUGUAUUGCGUUGGGACCUGGUCGCAACAUGAUGGAGAGUACACGGAUCAUUGGCAAACGGCUCUACAACAAGGCAUUGGAGUUGUUAAGGCUGGGUAACUCUGGGAGACGUUACCUAAACAGAGGUUUGAGAGUAGUCCAUCAGUACAAUGACAUGUCCAAAUACAGUACUUCUUAUUGGGACCCAACAUCGUCUCAGUAUAUACCAGUGAAUGGCUGUCCUCCGGCUAUGGGUUACAGUUUCGCAGCUGGUACGACGGAUGGGCCGGGAGUAUUUCCGUUCUCUCAACAAAUCGUGACUCCGAACCCGCUUUGGAACUCCAUACGCAACUUGAUCUACGGACCUUCUGAGAAACAGAAGAUGUGUCACUACCCCAAACCCAUCAUGCUUACGACUGGCGAGAUGACGUUUCCGUUUGAGUGGCAGCCGUCAGUAGUCCCAACACAGUUAAGUGUGCUGGACAACCUGGUCUUGGCGUGUGUCCCUGGAGAGUUCACAACCAUGGCCGGUCGGAGACUACGGGAUGUUCUCAGACAAAGUCUUAAACUCGGAUCCAACAAGAAUGUGCUGAUCACGGGUCUCUGCAAUACAUAUGCUGACUACAUCACAACUCCUGAAGAAUACCAGAUACAGAGGUAUGAAGGUGCUUCUACCAUCUUCGGCCCACAUACACUUCCUCUAUACCUCGACAUCUAUCGGAAACUGGCUCAGGCAGCAACAGGUGAGACCACACUUGCCAGAAACGAACCUCCUCUGGACUUCUUCAAUGACCUUAUAUCCCUAAACACUCCAGUCCUCUUUGACAACGCUGGAUGGUCCCAGAACUUCGGCCAAGUCCUACAAGAGGCUCCAUCCAGGGUGUCUCCGGGAGCAGUUGUAACUGUGAAAUUUGUAGGGGCGAAUCCCAGGAACCAUCUCCAACACGAAGGCAGCUACCUCACAGUGGAUCAUUUACAGGGCAGUUCAUGGAACGUGAUAGCUACCGAUGCCAACUGGGAGACUCAGUUUAGGUGGACUCGGCUCUCUGAUAUCCUCGGAACAUCACAGGUCGAGGUCCGUUGGGCCGUACCUCGGGAUAUUCCUCGAGGUAUCUACAGGAUACGUUACUCGGGCCACUUCAAAUAUCUCAAUGGCAAGAUUGAAAACUUCGUUGGAACGACAAAGAAUUUUGAAGUGGUGUAAACAUGGUAGUAUUAAUUAAUAAUUCUCAGUAUUAUAAUAUUUUAGCCAAACGAU